AUGGUUGCUAAAUUUGAUCCAAUAAUGAAAGAGCACAUUCGUCGAAUUCAAGAUAAACAAAUUCAUUACCAUUAUCUUAGUCACAAAAUUCAAAAUGAAUUUAUUCUUCAGAUAUCGAAUGAAAUCAAAUGUGUAAUCAUUAAAAGGGUUAAAGAAGCAAAAUACUUUUCAAUUAUUCUCGAUUGUACUCCGGAUGCAAGUCAUGAAAAACAAAUGUCACUUAUAUUAAGAUGUGUUAAUGUUUCAGCAAGUCCGAUAAAUGUGGAAGAGUUCUUUUUAGGAUUUCUAAAGGUGGAUGAUACAUUAGGGAAAGGGCUUUUUGAUGAACUUGUAGAUGCUUUGAAAGCUCUUGAACUUGAUAUUGGUGACGUAAGAGGACAAGGGUAUGAUAAUGGUUCUAAUAUGAAAGGGAAACACAAAGCAUCAUCUUUUUUUGGAGUUGUGCAACGCAUGUAUUCAUUGUUUUCAUCUUCCACAAAGCAAUGGAAAGUUCUCACAGACAAUGUUAAAGGUUUUACACUUAAGCCACCAUCACAAACACGUUGGGAAGGUCAAUUUAAAAGUGUUAAAGUAAUAAGAUUUCAAGCUCCAGAUAUAAGAAAUGUUUUAAUUCAUUUAGCAAAUACUAGUGAAGAUCCCAAAACAAAGAGUGAUGCUGAGUGCUUAGCUACAUAUGAAAUUGAGAAUUUUGAGUUCUUACUUGGCAUGGUUAUUUGGUUUGAUAUAUUGAAUGCUAUUAACAAAGUAAGCAAAAUCAUGCAAACAAAGGACAUGCAAAUUGAUGUUGCUAUAGAUCUCUUAAAAGGACUCAUUUCUUUUUUUGAAACUUAUAGAGAAAAUGGGUUUAAAUCUGCUAUGAUUGAGGCUAAAGAGAUCGCAACUAAAAUGGAAGUUGAACCAUUAUUCCGUGAAAGACGUGUCAUUUGUAGAAAGAAACAAUUUGACGAGAGUGCUAAUGAAGAGAGGACACAAUCGGCCGAAGAAUCGUUUAAAAUUAAUUACUUUAUAUACAUAGUUGAUCAAGCUCUUUCUUCACUAAAGAGUAGAUUUGAACAAUUUCAACAAUAUGAUGACUCUUUUGGAUUUUUGUUUAAUUUGGAGAGGUUGAAGUCUUUAAAUAAUGAUAGUUUAAAGUGUUCAUAUCAUAACCUUGAAAAUAUUCUAAAACAUGACAUGGUUUCUGAUAUUGAUGGGACUGAAUUAUCUUUAGAGCUACAAGUCUUAAGAGAAGCUUUACCAAAAGAAACAAAAAAGGCAAUUGAAGUAUUGGAUUUUAUAAAAAGGUUAGAUUAUUGUUUUCCAAAUGCUUGGAUUGCAUAUAGAAUAUUAUUGACUAUCCCGGUUACAAUUGCAUCUGCUGAAAGAAGCUUUUCAAAGUUGAAGUUAAUCAAAUCUUACCUGCGGUCGAUGAUGACACAAGAGAGAUUGAAUGGAUUGGUUAUCUUGUCUAUUGAAAAAGAUGUGUUGGAGAAAGUUGAUUUGAACACUUUAAUUGAUAAUUUUGUAACUCAAAAUGCAAGACGGUCACAUUUACUUUAA